AAAAUAUUUCCGUGUUUACAUAUGUGUCAAAAGACGUUUAUAACCUAGCCGAUGUUGUAUAUUGUCAGAGAUCUCUGAUAUUGUCCAUCUGCGGCAUUCUUCAUAUUGGAAACAUAAUUUACUGGUUUACUACGAUGUUCUCCGGGUUUACGUAACGUAUGUCAAAAACCCCAGAAAACGCGAAAUCACCCAAAAAUCCCGGUGGAGACGUACUGAAAGUCGGAUUUAUCCAAUCUGGUAUUGAAUAAAUACCGACGGUGGAGACAUUAAUUGUAACAGGUGCAUGCAGGUGCAUGACAUAGUGUUAACGAGUCAUAAUGACGUAAGUCUCAUGGCGCUUAUUUAUUAUUGAUUAAUUUGUUAUAAUCAGUUGUGAAUAUCAACAACAGUCACGUUCAGUUCAGGAGGUUAGAAUUAGCCAAAAAACAUAAACAAUGAACGACAUAGGAGUGGCUGUGUCUAUAUCAUUGAUGUUACAGACAUUUCUGCAACCAUACUAAGUUAUAUAAUCAGUGUUGUUACCAAUCAAGUUGAGAGGAUAACAUGGCUACUGUUAAAGUUACGGAACAGAAAGUUAUUCUAUGUGGGGAAUAUGGUGUGGGUAAAACAUCGAUCUUCAGGAGAUUUGCCAACAACAGUUUUGUUUCGAGUAGUGAUAGAAAGUCAACUCUUGGACUUGACAAUAUAGACAAAGAAUAUGUGAUCGAUGAUAAGCAUAUUCGGUUACAACUAUGGGAUACUGGAGGUAUGGAAAGGGUUGCAUCCGUUACGUCAAGUUAUUAUAAAUUUGCUGAAGCCGCUAUCCUAGUAUUUGCCUUGGAUAAUGCUACAUCCUUUCAUCUAUUGUCGCAACAUUUGCUGGAUAUUGUAACCUAUGCAGAAAAUGCGAAGAUCUUUCUUUGUGGAAAUAAGAGUGACUUAGAAACAUCAGCUCCUCAAGUGACGGAUGCCGAAAUGGAACAGUUUUGUGAGCAGUGCCAUAACCUCAUCUCAGGGAUUUACAAGACAUCUUGUAAGACUGGCGAAGGUGUCAAUGAAAUGUUUGAGGACAUAGUGCAACACUUGGUGGAAAUGAACCGAUCGCGAAUGGAACUCCACGAGAUGGACAAGGAUCGCUUCAAGAUAUCAUAUGUUGAUGAGGCUGCAGAUCCAGCAUGUCUUUGCUAACUAGACAAUUGAUAAGCGAGAAAUAUGAGAAGUUGCAUAAUGGACACUCUUUAAAGAUUCUGCAUUUCCAAGAAUGUAGAGUGUGAUAAAAAAUGAGAGAUUCAUAGUGCUUAUGCACUGAUAGUAUGUAAAUGAUUGUGACUAUGUUCCAUAAUUGGGCUUUCAGGAAGAGUCAUGGAACAAUUGAGUCAAAGAUGAUUUUUUAUUACAUUUUAAUGGUAGUAUUACGGUGCGAUAAUCUCUAAAAUGAAGAUUAAGGCUAUUGAUAAGGCUUUAUGAUUAAUUUAUUUAAUUUAAUUAGGCCAUUUGGGUGCCCCAAGGUUAACGAUUUCAUUCAUCGAUUGGAUACCUAAGUGCCAGUUCCUAUGUCCAGGUUGAAGGGGAGGAGGGAGAAUGCAGUACAGCAUUUAAUGAUACAAUAUGGAAUCUUUUUGAUACUCACUAAUACACAUGUCAUUCUUGGCACGUGUCUUUUUGCCAAUGAAGAGCGUUCUUAUUCCAUGUGUCAUCAAACCCUCUAAUACAGUGAUUUCUUUCUUUUGCUUCAAUUAUAAGAUCUUAUGAACUCACUAGUUUCAGACACGAGUCAUUCAACUCAACGUUUAAUUUAGAUUACCAGUUUCUAUUUUAUCAUAUUGCUAAAAAAAAAAGAAAUGUAUCAGAUCAACAUUAGUGCUGAGUCCACUUAAUACUCUUCAAGUCUAUUCCUUCUUCUACCAUCUCCCACAGUGGGCUGCAAUGAAACAGUAUAUUAAAAAACUGUAUUAAUGUCGUGUGAUUAAAAAGAUGCAGCAUUUUAUAAAAAACGAAGCUAUGAAAAGCAUAUAAAUGGAAUGAUAAAUAAUAUAUCAAGUCGAAAUAAAUCUUUUUCUUAUCUA